ACUGUUAUUGCCAUUAUGCUGCUCCAAGUGCUUACAGGAAGGCUCACCUUCACCUCCCUUAUUCCACCAGACCUUAGCAACUGUACAAAAAGGGAGCUGAGAAAAUACUUUGAAAACAGCUAUGACCUUAACGAAAGUCUGUUCACUUCGCUUAAAGACGAGAGCGUGUUUUACCGAUGUCCGGAUCGCCUCCGUCUUCCCCUUAUCUUCUACUACGCACACACGGCCGUCGUUUACGUCAACAAACUCAUCCUUGCCGGGCUUCUUAAGGACCGCUUGAACUUUGAGUUUGAGAAGAUGUUUGAAACUGGUGUGGACGAGAUGUCAUGGGAUGAUACGGAGAAUAACCGUAUGGGAGGCUUAUACAAGUGGCCGGAAGUUGGCGCCACGGUAGAGUACAGGCGUCAGGUGCGCGCGGCUGUUCUGCGCAUUAUCGAUGAUACGCCAUUAAAGCUCCCAAUCACCAUGGCCAGCCCCUGGUGGGCGCUUCUGAUGGGCAUGGAGCACGAGCGCAUCCAUCUCGAAACGUCCUCUGUUCUUAUUCGCCAGCUUCCGGUCGCAAUGGUAACCAAACCGAAAGAAUGGACGUACGCUCCAAAAACAACCGGCAUCGUUCCCCAACAAAACCGGAUGCUACGAGUACCUGCACAGGAAGUGAGUUUCGGAAAACCUCGGGAUUAUCCGGCGUAUGGCUGGGACAAUGAGUACGGCAGUUUCGCCUGCUCGGUCCCUGCGUUCGAGUGUUCCGAGUUCCUUGUGACAAAUGCUCAGUUCCUUCAGUUUAUUGAGGCCGGCGGUUACAAUCGGUCCGAACUGUGGACAGAGGAGGGCUGGCGGUGGAGAAACUUCCGGCAAGCAAAUCACCCUAUGUUCUGGGUCUGCGGCAGUGGUUGUAAGGGCGAUAGCGGGUCAGAUCUGGCGUCCUAUAGUCAUUGUUAUGUCAUGCCGGAACCUUACGGCAAUCAGUCCGCAGAUCUCAAAUACAAGUACCGUGCCAUGUUUGAUGUCAUUGACAUGCCAUGGGUGUGGCCUGUUGACGUCAACUUCCACGAAGCGCGUGCGUUCUGUGCAUGGAAGGGACCUGAUUUCCGAUUGUUGGCCGAGGCAGAGCACAACGUGAUUAGAGGAAACCAGGAAGCGACGAACGCAGUGACUGUGAAUGGCGCGAUGUUCACGAAAAGAAACAACUUCAACCACAACUUGAAAUUUGGCUCCUCAUCGCCGGUGAACAUGCAUGAUGCGAACGAUUAUGGAUUCUACGACGUGUUCGGUAACGUAUGGCAGUGGUGCGAAGACCAAUUUAACGGCCUCUGUGGCGAGACGCACUGGCUUUACGACGACUUUUCCACGCCUUUCUAUGACGGCAAACACAACGUCCUCCUGGGCGGGAGCUGGAUCAGCACGGGGGAAGAAACAUCUCGAUUUUCGCGGGCUUGGUUCCGUCGCCACUUCUUGCAGCAUGCGGGCUUUCGGUUGGCGCGGACGGUGGAGCCGAAGACGGAACAGUGGACGAAGCUGCCCUUUCGCCAUGUGGAUACGCAGGUGUUUGUGUUGGGACACGGGGUGGAAGAGAACCUUGCGAGUCUACCUCACGACAAGUUCCAGCCACACAUAGAACCGUCCACAAACCUACAUUAUCAAUAUGAGACGCCGCUCGCCUUAAAAGGGCUUCUCGAGCAGGAAUUUGGGUUCAAGAAAUCAUUUCCGGUGGCGGUAGCGGACCUGUGUGCGGAUCUCGCUCGCAAUAAUGGUCUCCAACCUCGUUCCAUGCUCUGGAUAGGCGCUGGCUCCGGAAGAGGUCCAAUGUUGAUGAGUAAAACCUUUCAAAAUGUGCUUGCAUGUGAUCUCGUUGCCCGUUUCUUGGAUACGGCAAUGUACAUCCAGAAAGGAAAUGACGUCACUGUGAUCAUGGAGAAUGGCAAUGUAACCACGGCUGCCCUCGACAAGGAUGUCAAAUCCGACAGGGUCGUCUUCAAACAGUUUACGUGGAUUCCUAACGAGGUUGGAUUGGACUUUGACAUGACUGUGGUCACCUUCUUGGAGAGGACUCAGCAACCAAAAGCGUGGCUUGUGCGACUGUCUGAACUUACCCGGCGGGGCGGCCUUGUCAUUGUUGUUUCUAGGAGUGGACAGUGGGACGGACCCGCGCUCAAGGGGACCCUCCAAGACAAAGGAUUGACGUGCAUCGAGUCAACAGAUUUACCAUUCGAUGACGUCACUGGAAACGCAACCGCUACCGUGACCGUAUGGAAGCAUGUGCAGUAG